GAGCGCGCGCCGCUCUGUUGGCAAACUUUGACGCGCCCUGAGUUUCAAGAGUGUAGAUGCGUUAGAUAGAAACUAUUUGUCAGCGACUGACUUGAUUUUUUUUAUUUUCACGGUGAUAAGACGUCCGACGCCUCUAAUCUCAUUGUCUGACCGUGAGCGGAGCUAUAUUAUCCUCCACCUGCUCUUCCUUGUUUCGGAGUUUGCCCUCGGUUUCAACAGGAGCCCAACUUUCACAGCAAGGCAACUUCUUCCACACUUUGGUACUUUGGCACAAGCCGAGGCAUUGUGUCCGCAACCUCAUAAGCUACUGGAGGGCAGCACUUUUAUUUCCUUCAUCUAAAGAGUAAACAUAUUGGCAGACACAAGAGCUGCUGAAAGAGAAGCGGUCAAAGCGUCUUGCUCGCUGGGAAUUAUAAGUUAAUCGUUGAUUUGGAAGGUGAAGAGGACAGUUUGUUAAAGAGGGCAAAAAUUUUAACAGCACCAUGAAUGGAGCGAUGGUUUUCCAGAUGUGGAUCAUUUUAUUGUUGGCCACUUUAAGCAAAGUUGGGAAGGCUCAGGUCGCCAAUGCCAAAGUGUUGAGGGGCAACAGCAGAAGAGACGACUUGUACCACAAGGACGAAAACAUCACGGUGACUCCAGCGGGUGGCGUCAUCUUCAGCCCAAACUACCCCAAAGCUUAUCCCCGCAACCUGUGUCUGUCAUGGAAACUGCUAGCACCACCUGGGAGCCUCAUCCACCUUCAGUUUGAUGAACAGUUCCACCUGGAGGAGCCUGUGAAUGGAAAGUGCAGUUAUGACUUUGUUGAAGUGGAGGAAAAAUCACAGACCAGCAUUAUAAAGUGGGGUCGUUGGUGUGGGCAGAAGGCACCCUCCAGUCUGACUUCAAAAUCCAACACACUCAGAAUCAUCUUCAAUUCGGACGAUUACUUUGUGGCGAAGCCAGGAUUCAAAAUCUACUACUCACUGCUGCUAAGUUGGGUGUCAUGUCAUUCCUGGAUAGAUGUCACUGAACUCAUGUCGGACAUGAGUGCAAACGAGAUGCCAGCCACAGAGGCUCCUCAGACACUGGAGGACUUGGAUAGAACCAUAGCUGCCUUUGACACUGUAGAGCAGCUUCUUCAGUCUUUGAGUCCAGAUACUUGGAGACAAGAUCUGGACAAUAUCUACACUCAAACAUACAUAUAUUAUAGAUCCAAGUCCUAUCAUCUGGCAAGCCGACAGAAUAAAGUUGAUCUGAAUCGUCUCCAUGACGAUGUCAAGCGGUAUAGCUGCACACCUCGGAACUACUCUGUGAACCUUCGGGAGGAGCUGAAGACCACCAACGCUGUCUUCUUCCCUCGAUGUCUGCUGGUGAAACGCUGCGGAGGCAACUGUGGCUGCGGGACCAAUAACUGGAACACCGGCUGUACCUGUCAGCCCUCGAAAACCACUACAAAACUACACGAGGUGCUGAAGUAUGCCCCAGAGACCACUCCGUACCAGUACCAGCAGAGGCAGCGGGUGCGCUGGGUUAUUGAUGAAAUUUUCCUCUCGCAUCAUGAAAUGUGCGAAUGUGCGUGUCCGCUGCAGCCUCCUCGCUGAGACACUGAUUCCGGCUCUUGCAUCUAGAACUGAUGGAUGAAUUAUUUUCCCUGUUUUGCAAUAGACUCUAUAUCCCAAACAACACCGCUGACAAACAUGCAGCAGAAAAGAGGGCAACAAUCUGACUGAUGCACUGCAGCUUGCAUUGUACAAAAUGACAUUUGCUUCAGAAAGUAAAUGACUUUCUCUGAGCAUAGAUUGCUUUCUUCCUUUAGAAGUGGACAAAAGUUUCCGAUGAGACAAUUUCUCAUAUUUCUUUAAGCCUUCUCUGUUCAUACCAAAUCUUAACUCAAUGUACUGUGUCUUACAGGAGUAUUAAAACCCUUCAACCUUUGUCACAUUUUUGUCAUAUUAGAACCAGGAAUUUCAAUUUGUUUUUGGAGAUUUUAUGUGAUAAAUCAAGACAAAUUAUAAUUCUACAGUAAAAGGAAAAGGACACAUACGUUUCUAUUUUAUACUUAAUAAUCAGAAAAAUUCCUACUGAGUCUGAUGAAACCUGAACAGCACCCCCACAGUAUGAUGUUGCCACCGCCAUGUAUCACUAUGGGUUUUUAGGGUAAUGUGUUUUACUCUUUUUAUAAUUACCAAAGUUUCUUCUUCCAAAUAGUUGCCGUAUCCCAAACAUACAUUGGAUGAGCUACAAACGGGGCAUCUUGUGACUUUGUUUUUCAGCAAUGGCUUUUUUCUUGCAAUUCUACGAUAAGGGUCAGAUUUGAGAUUGUUUAACUAAUUGUUGUCCUGGUGACAGAUUAUCCCAACUAAAGUGUGGCUCUCUUCUCUACUCCAGGCUUACCAUGAGCCUCUUUCCUUCUCUGGUUAUUGCUCUCCAUUCCUAGCCUUUCAGCUUUGAUGGACAGUCAUGUAUUGGUAGGUUUAUGGUUGUCUAACAUCAUUUUGAAAUGAUGAGUUAAACAGUUCUCAUGGAACGUUGCUUGGAGUAUUGUACCUGACAAUUAAAAAGGGAUAUGUUUAUCUAUGCCACAGAUUUUAUCUCCUUCCUAUUCUUUAAUUUCCCUUCCUCCCCAAACUACACAGUACCUUUUGUGGGUGUAAUGGUUGUGGAAAGACAAAAUGUGUAAAAGAAAAUUAAGGGGUGUGAAUAUGUCGGUUUAAACUGAAUAAUGUUUUUCUUUAAAAGGAAACAGAAAAAAAAACACAUUUGAAAGAAAUUAACUGUGUUGAAAGUUACUUUAGGUUUCAAACGGCUUUACUAGUUGCCAAUCUGACUUAAGUAAAACUAAAUUUACCCAGUGCACUCUUUACGCUUUCUGGGUUUUCCUUUGUUUCAUGUUUAUGCAUUUGCAGGGUUUUGUGUUUAAUGACUGUUUCGAGAAACUUCAUGCAAAUCCUUUGCCAGGAGGAGGCUGAAAUGAGUGAAUGAGAGGAAGAAGGAGGGAGGGAGAAAGUUUACACCAAAAUAACACAUUGCUAGUUGUGAAAUUAGGCAAACUAGAACCCUUCAGGUCUGAAUUUUACAAAUUUCACACAAACAUGAAGUACAAAAACAUUCACUCUAGGGAAUUUUAGGCUCAAAACCAAUGCAUAUGUGCAAAGUGUGGCUUUAUUUUGCUCAAAUUUAAUUCAAAUGUUCCCCUUGACUUUGUGUGUCGGUCAGUUCAUUCACCCCAGAACACACAUUCCCUUCAUCACUCACCUUAUAAGACAUCAAAGAAAGCAUCGGAUCGCGCUGCAGGGCCAAGCCCAUUUUCAUUCCUGAGCUUUCCUGGCAUUCCGGCUGCUAAGCGAAAUCCUGCUGCAGCGGAUAAAGCCGUGAACCUCGGACCCCAAACACAUUGCAGAGGAAAGAGAGCUGGAAACUCAGGAAGAGCAACAGAGAGGAAGUUUUUUUCUAAAGGUGUCUGAACAGUCAGAACGUCUAUUUGUAGAUUAGCAGUAUUUCAGGGUGAGACACUUUCUGCACAAAUAAGAGCAAGCCUCCUGUGAAAAUACAAUUAAUACUUGAAUGUGUGCGUGUGUCAGUCUAAUAGCUCAGGAAGAGACCCUUUUGUUUUAAAAGGUGGAGGGUUAUGAACAGUCUGUGAGAGUUGGCAGCAGCUGCGGAAAUGUGAAUGGUCAGCGUGUGCAAGGUGUGUGCAUGAUAUCAAACCAGUCAGUAGCAGCAAAACAGUAUACUGUUUGCAAAACCAAGCAAAUGUCUAUAAAUGUGUUAAACUGUUCAUCUGUCACUUUUCUUCUAACCUCUCCCAUUCCUCCUUCCUAACACACAGACUCAUGUGCAGGCUGGAUUUCAACAGAGAAAAUUAGAUUUCACAUGCUACCUCACCUCUAAAAGCUGAAAAACAUAAGAGCUUGACAUAGAAAUGGUUCUGCAGUCAGAGUGUAACCCAAUCAGUGCAGGGGUUUUGCAUGCAUGUGUGUGAUGCAAGACACGGCUGUUAAGUUCCUGGACAUUUAAUACUCUAAUGUUGCCAGUUGUCACGUUUUUAGGUAAUUUAUACCAGGCAACACUGAUAAACAAGUGUGGGUUAAUUUAUUGGCUCCCCUUAUAGGGAUGUGUGUAAAUCCUCUCUGUGUUUCAUUUUAUUCGGAUGGUGAAAAGUUUAAACAACUACAACUUUUAAAAUGAGUACAAUUAUUCUGUUGAUUAUAAGAAAACAAGCACAGGUGGUUGAUACAAAUGGAAAUUUUCUUUUAAAAAAAGUUCUAAGCUUAUAUAUCAAAUAUUUGAUAAAACACUAUUUCUCUUUAAUAUUUUUUUUUCUUAUGUUUACUUUUUCUUUCAUUUAAAUUUCAUAGUAAAUAGGACCAGAGACAUCCAGUAAGGGCAACUCAUUCAUUGAAGUUAGUGAAAUACAGUAAGUGUUUGAACGCAUUUUUGUUCGGGUUUUUUUUUUUUUUCCUAAAAAACUUAAAUUAGUGUCAUCUGAUCAAAGCACACAGUCCAAGUUACAGUCCAACUAGAAUUUAAGUUUAUGAAGUUUGGACAGGUGAGCGUUAUUCUGCUGCGUCUCCCAUCAGAAAUCAUCUAAUGGCUGUUAUGGAGACUUUGUGACCCCAAGGUGACACUCCGUGCUGCUAACAGGAAGCUUCGAAGAUUGAAGAUUGAAGAUUUGUACCUCCCUUAUCGUCCUGCUCGAUGUGUAGUGACAAGAUAAAUAUGGUUCCUGGUCCAGCUUAAUGCCAACUGGCUUGAAGAAACUGGCCUCUAUGUCACCUCACAUUUCAACUUGAGGGAAUCAGGAAGUGAGGAACUCUUAGCAAACAGUUUAAAGAAAAAAAAAUCUGACUACUAUAUUUAUUACAAACAAAAUAUAACGAUUGUAAAUAUAUGAGCAAGAAUUAUUUGUAUUCAAAUUAAAAGUUGUAUUACUUGACUUUUUUUUCAAUUUAAGAUUAUGGUGCUAGAAUAAUCGUAAUUUUUCUAAGAGGCGGCAACAAAUGUGUCUAUAUCUGAAUACACGUGUGUUGCAUUUGAAAAUGCUCAACGUUUAUGAAAGGGACCAAACAUUACCCUGUAUGCAGCAAAUUGUUUAUGCAUGUCUUUGCUUUUAACUCUAGAAGGAAAAAGAAAGACUGAUUGGGGUAAAUUAGUGUAUCAAUGUCAAUAAAAUAUCUGGACAUUUUAUUGAUGACACUAAAAAGAAAUAUUUUACACAACCUAAAGAGUAAAUGAACGCAAUCAAUUGCAAAUGUAUGCAUUGUAAAAAUAUGUGUGGAUGUGUGUGUGCAUCCUGUGUCUGCCACUUUCUUUGUGUUAACAGCACAUUCCAUUGUUAGCUCCAAAGUGACGCUUUUCUUUUAACAGAUAAGAGGUUUUGUUUUCUCACACAGUUCCUUACAGAAACCUUCACACAUUCAUUUGGUUCACUUACAAGUAAUGGAAUCAGUGCCACACAGUUUUACUUUUUAAACAGAUUUAUUCCAAUAUUAUUUUACUUAUGUGCAAUCAGAUGACUGUACUGUUGUCAACUCAGAGAAAGUUUCUGAUUUCAGAUUGGCAAAACAAAGUAGUCAAUGUCCUUUGUUGCAUUGUGAAAAAAAAAAUUAUAAUAAUGACCAAACUCUAUGCUUCACUUCAGUAAUUUAUUGUUUCUUUCUGUUUUGUUUUAUUAAAAUAUCAGCUGGCUAGUUUUGAUAAAUAAAAUAUUUGAGAC